UGCAGACAGGUUUUCCCCUGUUACUCAUGGGCCUCUUUCUCUCGCUGUGUCUUUAUGUGGGUCUGACCGAUGCACUUUUGCAGUUUUCUAAAGUUAUCACCUGCAUUUGUCUGUUGUACAAUCUAUAGGUGACUUUUUUGUCGCUCAUAGAUUUUUGUGGCCUGGGCUAAUGUCUGUCUUUGGACAGUAGUUUUGACAUCUGAUGUACUGUAGUUUCGUACAAUGAAGGGAAGGGUUUGGUUUGGUGAUGGGACAGAGUGUAACCUGCGUGUCACAUUAAGACAUUCACGGGCCUGUACGGCAGGCUGACAUGAGAUUUCGCAGCUCGACAUCAAACCCGAUCAUCUCACCUCAGCUGCCCCUUUCGCUCUUUGAAGAUGAUCCGCAUUCAUAACCCUCACCACGUGCCUUUUCUGCAUCAGACGGAGCAGCUCCGUCAGGCAGGGACCCUUUGUGACACGCUUCUCACCGCGGAAGGCCUUUCAUUUAAAGCCCAUGCUCUGAUCCUAGCGCUGGCGAGCAAGCGGCUCAAGCGGCAGUUAACAAACCAGCGCGGUCCAGGUCCGGGGUACAGCUGCGCUAUAGAAAGCGUCUCUCCCCACACACUUAAGCAAAUCUUGGACUAUGUGUACAGCGAAUCGGUGCAGGUGCCCAAAGAUGACCUAGAAGAGCUGCUGAGGGGUGCAGAGUACCUGGAAGUGGAGUCUUUGGUGGAACAGUGUCAAGCACUACUUAGUAGUCCAAAUUCCCCUACAAAGACAGACACAAAAGAGGUAAAGUCACUCCAAGAAGACAAAACAUUCAAGCACACCGAGUUGUCCAAAAGAAGCCGCUCUAAGGAUAAAGACAACCUCGAUUGUUCUUUAAAAAAAGAACAUUCUUCCACCAAUAAAGACCACAAGAGGUCGGUCAAUGAUCCACACAAGAAAAGCUGUUCUCCUGUGUCUCCUCAGCCUCCCAUGUUCUCCAGAGAACCCAUCAUCUCCUCCAGCACCCCAUCUUCGACCCCUCGCUUGUGUUGGCCCCCAGUCAGCCCGUCUCAUGGCAUGGUGUUAAACUGUAGAGAAAUUAUGACCUUCCACUCGCUCCGAGCGUACCCGUACCCCACACCCAUGUACCCCCUCCUGCACCGCACGCUCCAACCACAUGUCCCUUCCUCACUUAUGGGUUAUCCCGGGUUGCUUCACCCCUAUCACCCUCUCAUACACUCUUCUCAGAUGACUCAAGACAGUCCCUUCGUUUCGGGUCUAAAAGGAAAGAACACCUCUAUCAGUGCAGCUUUAACAGAGUCCGUGUCAGAAAGUCAAGAGAGGAAGCCAAAGGUUCAAGAGGAGAGGGAGAUAUGCUGCAGACACUGCGGUAAGCCGGCCCUGGAAAACCCCUGGAGGCCAACCACUGGGUCAUCAACCUCAGGUUCGGUUGAGAUGACGUUCAGGUGUAAGUUCUGUGGCCGAGGUGGACGGGACAGGCGAUCUCUGCGCUCGCUCAGGAGGGGUGUCGGGGGAGAGAAGCCUUACCAGUGCAAACAGUGUAGCAAGAGGUUCAGCCUUAAACACCAGCUGGACACUCACCACCGGGUCCACACAGGUGAAAAACCAUUUGAGUGUCGGCUGUGCGGCCAACGUUCCCGUGACUAUUCGGCUAUGAUCAAGCACCUGCGCACUCACGGCGGCGCCACACCGUACCAGUGCACCCUGUGCCUGGAGUUUUGUAGCAGUCUGGCAGCCAUGCAGAAACACCUGAAGAACCACCCCACGCAGGACUUCCCUCCAGACUGGAGCCUGAGCAGCACAUACCUGUACAACAGCCACACCUGACCAUGCAAAAACUGGACAUUUGAGUCCAGGGGGAGAAAAUGUGUAGAUAUGGAACAUUUAAUACAGUUUUGUUAUUUUGAAUACUUUUAUGAAUCUAUUUUGAAGCCAUUUUACAAAUAUGAUAAUAUAUUUAAUUUACAUACAAGGGACAUUUAUGCCAAUGACGGAUGUUUUCUUUGAAGACGUCUAGAUGAUAGAUUGUAAUUUCAUUGCAUAUUUUUUCUCUGCGAAAUAUCAAUCAUCACAAUAGCAUACAAAAUGCAUGUUUAUUUAUUGAGCUGGUGAACUCUGAAACAUUUAUCUAAGCACUCACUAUGUGAUCUAUUUACACACUGUAUGCAAUCUUUUAAUAAAAGCAUUAUGAUUCAAACUGAAA